AUGCCUGGUGGGUCUGCUUCUGGCCUGCCUGGUGCCUGGAGUUGCUGGCCCCGCCGGCUCCUCCUUGGCACCUCCUCUCUCUGCCUCACGAUUCUGCUGGGCCAGGGGGGCUUGCUUCAGGGACACCCUCAGUGCCUGGAUUACGGGCCCCCCUUCCGGCCUCCUGUGGGCCUUGAGUUCUGCUCUGACUACCAGUCCUUCGGGUGCUGUGACCAGCGUAAGGACCUGCGCAUCGCUGCGAGGUUCCGGGACAUCAUGAACUACUUCGACCUGCAGGGCCAUGCGCUGUGCGGAGGGUACAUUAAGGACAUCCUGUGCCAGGAGUGCUCGCCCUAUGCGGCCCACCUCUACGAUGCCGAGAACCCUCAGUCGCCUCUCCGCAACCUGCCAGGCCUCUGCUCCGACUACUGCUCUGCCUUCCACUCCAGCUGCCACUCCGCUAUCUCCCUGCUCACCAGCCAGCAUGGCCCCCAGCGGCCCCGGGACAAGGGUGGCGCCCACUUCUGCCACCUGCUCGAACUCCCAGACAAGGACUACUGCUUCCCCAACGUGCUGAGGAAUGACCAUCUCACCCGCAACCUGGGGGUGGUGGCCAAGGGCCGCCGAGGCUGCCUGCAGCUCUGCCUGGCCGAGGUGGCCAAUGGGCUGAGGAACCCGGUGUCCAUGGUCCAUGCCGGGGAUGGCACCCAUCGCUUCUUCGUGGCGGAGCAGCUGGGAGUGGUGUGGGUGUACCUGCCAGACGGGAGCCGCCUGGAGCAGCCCUUCCUGGACCUCAGGAGCAGCGUGCUGACCACGCCAUGGGUUGGGGAUGAGAGAGGUUUCUUGGGGAUGGCUUUUCACCCCCAGUUCCACCGCAACCGCAAGUUCUACAUUUAUUACUCGUGCCUGGCCAAGAAGAAGGUGGAAAAGAUCCGCAUCAGUGAGAUGAAGGUUUCUAGGGCUGACCCCAACAGAGCGGAACCCAAGUCAGAGAGGGUCGUCUUGGAGAUAGAAGAACCAGCCUCCAAUCACAACGGCGGGCAGCUGCUCUUCGGCCUGGACGGCUAUCUGUACAUAUUCACUGGAGACGGCGGGCAGGCCGGGGACCCCUUUGGCAAGUUUGGAAAUGCUCAGAACAAAAGUUCGCUGCUGGGGAAAGUGCUAAGGAUCGACGUGAACCGGCCUGGCCGGGGUGGCAGCAGGUACCGGGUCCCCGAGGACAACCCCUUCCUCUCUGAGCCAGGGGCUCACCCCGCCAUCUACGCCUAUGGCGUCCGAAACAUGUGGCGCUGUGCGGUGGACAGAGGGGACCCAGUCACACGGCAGGGCCGCGGCCGGAUGUUCUGUGGGGACGUGGGCCAGAACAGGUUUGAGGAGGUGGACCUCAUCGUUAAAGGCGGGAACUACGGCUGGAGGGCCAAGGAAGGAUUCGAGUGCUACGACCACAAACUCUGUCACAACGCCUCUUUGGACGACAUCCUGCCCAUCUACGCCUACGGCCACGCGGUGGGGAAGUCAGUCACAGGGGGAUAUGUCUACCGUGGAUGUGAGUCCCCGAACCUCAACGGUCUCUACAUCUUUGGGGACUUCAUGAGCGGUCGACUUAUGGCUUUGCAGGAAGAUAGAAAAACCCAGAAAUGGAGGAAGCGGGACAUCUGCCUGGGCGACCCCGUGUCCUGCGCCUUCCCAGGGCUGCUCAGCGCCCACAGCCAGUUCAUCAUCUCGUUUGCCGAGGACGAGGCAGGGGAGCUCUACUUCCUGGCCACCUCGUACCCAAGCGCGUACGCGCCACACGGCUCCGUCUACAAACUCAUCGACCCCUCCAGGCGAGCGCCGCCAGGCAAGUGCAGGUACAAGCCGGUGCCGGUGAGGACCAAGAGCAAGCGGAUCCGGUUCAGGCCGCUCGCCACCACUGUCCUGGACUUGCUCAAGAAGCAGGCAGAGAAGGCUGCUAGGAACUCAUCCAGUGCGUCCUCGGCGCCCAGCCUAGAGCCAGCUUCGCCUCAGAGAGCUGCUUCUAAGACACCAGCUCCUCCCGCAAGCAGCAAGAAGGCAUCCCGGAGACCUGGUACCAAGAAGAAAGCCAGAGCGUGGCCCCCAGGUCCCCAGGCGAAGAGGAGGAAGCGCCCCGGGGCCCGCGGUGGUGGGAGGCAGUGGUUGGCACAGCACAGGCCAGCAGGCAAGAGUCGCCCUCGACCUCUGGUCAAGCGGGCUACAGCGACACGGGGGAGAACUGCCCGCUGGGUGCAGGCCACCGCUGGCUGCAGCCCUGGAAGCCCAGGAAGCUGUGGCAAGCUGGGCAGGCAGAGAGGGGCUGAUGUGUGGCCUGGGGUGUCCUCUCCAGGGGUCCUGCUGUCCCCUGCAGGGGCAAAGGCCCUGGCUGGCCGUGAGCACUGA